AGUCACGGUUCCAGUUUUGUCGCUCGUUUAGAAUCGAACGAAGCAAAGUCAAAACAGGGAAAAAGUUUAUUCAAACCGGAACGCUGUCAAGUAGAUGUCUGGCGCAGUUUGUGUUGGGUUGUUGUAGCUGCCGUUCGUGUUUUUUUGGCUGGGUCGGUGGCUAUCACGAUUUUUGAGGACGGCUGAGCGUGAUAAUUUAUUGACAUUCUAAGUGAUAGUGCAUGUAGUGAUCAUUAUGAAUCGUACAUUCAAACUUUCUUCAGGACAUUUGAUUCCGCUGAUCGGAUUCGGCACCUACCGAAUUCAGGGAAGCCAGCUUAUCUACGAAACUUUGGACUAUGCAUUGAGUGCCGGCUAUCGGCAUAUCGAUACGGCCGUCGUGUAUCGUAACGAACAGCACAUAGGCGAUGCCUUGAAAGAGCUACUGCCCAAGUACAAUCUAAAGCGUGAAGACAUCUUCAUUACGUCCAAAUUAAUAUCUCAAGUGCUCAAAGACGAACACUACAUUGAGGAGCUCGUGCAGAAGUCAUUGGCCAACUUGCAAACUGAAUACAUUGACCUGUACCUCAUCCAUUGGCCCGGCGUGAGCGGUCUUCAAGUGACGAAUCCGGAAAAUGCAACCUACCGCAAAAUGACCUGGAAUGUGCUGUCCCGGUUUCACCGCGAGGGAAAGUUAAGAUCGAUCGGAGUGUCCAACUACACCGAGAAACACAUUCGAGAACUCCUGGCGGACUGUGGUGGGGUACGGCCGACUGUGAAUCAGGUUGAAUGGCACCCGCAGCACUUCCAACCUGAACUGUUGCAGCUUUGUCGCAAGGAAAAUAUUUUCCUACAAGCGUAUUCGUCUUUGGGAACCUCGGAUUACACCGAGCUGCGCGAGAAUCCAGUGGUAGUUGAAGUUGCAAAGCGACUGGAACGGACUCCUGCCCAGAUUUUGCUACGCUGGGCAUACCAGCAGGAUAUCGGUAUUUUGCCAAAGGGUCGUUCCAAGGCUCACAUCGAUGAGAAUAUUGCCUUGAAUUUCGAAAUUCCGGACGAGGAUAUGAAACUGCUCAACGGUUUGAGGCUGAGUAGUGGGGCCAAAUACGCUUGGGAUCCGGAAACUGUUGCAUAAGGGAAGGGGAAGCCUAGAUAAGAAUGUUUAAAGCUUAGCGAGGUUUUCUUUUAUUGCAAUAGUGUCUCAACUUCUCAAUCACAACCACAUGGUGCCUUUCGAUCGUUCGAUAGUUUUUUUUUGUUUUAUUUAUCAUUCAUAGGUUUAAUAGGUGUACUGCUUAUGUUACUCACUUGUAAUAAACAUUAGAGAACCAUGGC